AUGGCGGCGUGUUCUGAUUCGCGACGAAUGCUCGCCUCCUCAUUUUUCCCCAUUCGCUGGACGCCGGUCCCUGUGACUGUCUCGCCAGAUGUCAUAUCGUCAUCCCCAUCAUGCAACAAUCCCCGAACAGAUCGACAUUUUUCCCAUCCAAAAUUAUACGCUACAACCAGAAAUCCGUUCACAUCAGCAUGGUAUACCAUUAAGAAUCCGUUUGUUCGAUCGCGCCAAGCAGGUCAUAUCAGGGAUUUGGAGCGGCUUGCAGAAACCCAUUAUUCAUAUCCAAACACAUAUUCUCAGGACUCGUUCUAUCCUCAUAUGAUAUCUGCAGACUCGAGUUUUUCAGUCAAUACAGUCAACGAAAGCGAUGAAUCGCCGGUAUUGAUGCCAGGUGCCCUUUGCAGUCACUAUCACGGAAGCAAUGUGGAAGGAACUAUUAGCUCAGCCAUCGCUAUGGAGCCCUUACAAAAUAGUCGAAUUGAGCCUAAGAAGUCGUUUGAUCGAGAUUGGAAGGAGAUAAGACAGCGCUUGGAGCGCAAGAUCGCCGCUGCUGCUGCCCAAGCGAUCUCUGGAAGACCCGGUGGAGCGGACAGUCGCAGCAGGCACAGAUGGGCUACACCUCCGAAACAGAAAGAGCGAUUCUAUCAGGUCAAGAACGAGGACAAACUAACUACAAGAGGCGCUAAUCCGAGAACUGGUGUGGUCAGCCCGAGUAACCGUACUGAUAGCUCGAACGAAGAUUAUGUUUCCCGUCCGCGAGUCAGUCAGAUAUGGAAAGUGAACGGGGACCAGUGGAUGAGUGUUGAUGUAGCUCAGACACCAUCACCGCAAUCAUCGCCUUUGAGCUACACGCUGGCCAAGACUGUUUCGUGUGCCGGCUCAGGAUCAACGGACCUCUCUUCAUCGGAUGACUGGGAAGAUAGAUUUGUGGUGCAUAUGCCGUCUGCCAACGACCCCAAUCCGCCCUCUAUGACGGCCGAACAGAUCAGAUUGUAUCAGGAGAAGAUGGGGAAAUUAUACAGACCAUGUUUUUCCAGACACGAGAUGGAUGCAUCUAAACCAUCAUCUGGCUCUCCGGAGCCUAGACUCACACAGCAAGCAAAGAAAAUGAGUUCAAUCCCGGUUCUGCAAAGAGGUACCACCCCGAAUUCUGUAUCUACCGACAGCAGCCAGUCCAUCUCGCCUCCGUUGGAUGAACCGCGCCAAUACUUCAGUCCCGAUGAAGUCGGACGAGCUCGAGUCAGCCCGGUUACCGAUAACGCUAAACUAAAACAGAAGGAACUAUUCAAGAAGUUGAGAGAGGAGUGUUUCAUGGGCUGCAUGGAUGUGGACCAGGCAGCUGCUAAGAAUCCUGAUGAGAUCUUAUUGUUCCCAAAUUCUGACGAUGAGAACGAUUCACAAGUAUCAUCCGUUGCCAGAUCGGAUGAAGAAAGUGACAAAGUCAAGUCCUCCAAUAUGUCGCGCACAUUGCAGACAUCAAAGUUACCCCAAACCUCCGAUCACACUCUUGCUAGAGCAGCUCAAAAGGUCCUUGGCAAACCUCAGCCUGCAACGCCUUCAGUAUUGGCAUUGACGUCGACACAGCCGACGAAAAUACCGAAACCUUGGAGUGCAUCUCCAACUACUGGUCAGCAUACAACGAAAGAAGAUGAUGGUACUAUCUUUGCGUCUUCUUUCACCGGUGCUGGAACCAGCAAGACAGGAUUGCAACGAUCCUGGACUCGUCCAGUGAAGGGAACGUCUCGACCUCCUGGGUUCAACAACGAUGAUAAUCGGAGGACUCCAGAAAAUGAUUUAUUCUUUGACAGCUCUUCGCCUGGGUCUAGUCAUGGAACAAGCCAUAGUUCAUCGGAAUCAUCGAAAUCAGUCUCAUCAAACCUCUCAAGUAAAAUGCCAGAAGACAGCAACAUCUCUACAUCCCAAAGCAAUAAUCGUGUGACACCAAGCCCCAACGAUAACUUCAAGAACAAUCCUCCCCGGCUCCAUAAAUAUUUCUCUCCUACGGUAGCAGAUUUAGAAACACCAAAGACACCACAUGUUGCUGAAUUGGAUGGAUUUCAAGUACCCCAACAACUACCAAGCCCACCCCUGAGCUGUUCGCCUUCCCCUCCUCCAGCGAAACCUAAGGCAGAGACUGUUGCAAGCAACGAAAAGCCUCGCAAAAUAGAGAAAAGGGAUACUCACACUAUUCGAAUGGAAAUCCGAAUGAAAGCUGAACAGGCAAGACAAGGUGCUGCCGCCGCCAAAUCUGCUUCUGAGCGAUUGGCGGCUGCUCGACAACAUGCUGAGCGGCUGGCUGAAGCACGAGCUGCUUACGAUAAGGCCAAGCUGCGGAAUACUGCUAAGCCGACGAAAGAGCCUAUGGAUGAGUUGAGGCAGCAGAAGCUCAACACUGAAAGAAUCAAUGAGGCGAGAAAAGCUUAUAAGGCGGCCAGGGCAAGAGAGGAGGCUGAAAAACAGGCAGAGAGGGACGCAGAGAGACAAGCAGAGAGACAAGCAGAGAGACAAGCAGAAAUCCGUCGAAAAGAAGCCAAGAUGAACUCCAAGCCUAUUCCUUUUUCCUCUAGUGCAAAGACCGAGCCUGCUGGAUCCUCUAAUGAAGCAAAGCCGACCCGGAAAACUCGGAAAUCAGCGGUAUGGCGACAAUCGAUCCCCGAAAAGAAGAGCACAUGCGAAGACGUCGGCUCUAGAGAUGUCGAUGAACUCGAAACCCCAAUCAAUGCUCCAAUCGAUCCUUACCUCACCGAUACUGCCUUGAGCUUCGGCGUAUUUUACUUAUCAUUCACCAAAUUCCACGCCUUCCUCCGCGGCCACAAUGUCUACUCCCAGAUCUUGUUGUACUGCGAAAAUCUCUUCCAAAUGGCUUCCCAUUGCUUCAAAGUCUGCAAACGCCUCGCUGGAGUAUGGCUUGAAUACAACCAGUACGGCUCCCUUCCACAAGCCUGCGUCGACGAGUUCGGUGAACUUGCCGCAGAUAUAGGACAAGCCCUGAUCAAUUUUGCGAUUUUGUGUUUUGUGUUUGUCGUCAUGGUCAAGACGGCAGGGUAUAUUGUGAUUAUGACGAAUUGGAUGGCGUGGUUUUGUCGGCCUGUUGGAUGGAUUUUUGGGAAUUUGUUGAGUGCUGUUAUGUAG